AUUCACUGGUGUUUUGCUCGGAUACGCGAUUGACAUCUAUUUGAACGCCAAUGACAUGGAGAGCGCCCAAUCGGUUCUCAACAAAUUGACUCAAACGCAAAGAGUGACCGGAAAUCCAAGUGACCAAACAUUGGGCCGAUUUUGUAUUAAAGCAAUCGAUGCCAAGAAGUAUGCAUUUGCUAAACAGUGUAUUGAGUUUGGCUUAGAGUUAAGUAUGACUGAAAUGGUCGCUCAUGUCAAACAACACAUCACGGAAUCACCGGAUAUGGACCCAAAUAUUAAAGCCUUAUUAGUGGAGACGUGCGGUAAAGGGGAAGUGGUGUCACAAGAAGAAACCCAAGAGUCACCCAUCGAUGAUAAUCCCAUAGACAACAAGAGCUCAUUUUAGAUGCA